AUGUCCACCACUGAUUCCAUUCCGAACCACAAACUCUGUGGUUUUCUCUCCACCGUUCUCACACUCGCUCCUCCGCACAAUCCCAACGACGCGCGUUUCAACGACCGCUGCGAGAUCUUCAACGACGGAGCCUCCACCGGAUUUCGUACUCAAAACGGCGUUGUUUUGAUCCCUAUCGUUGAUUCGGAACAAUGCAAGAGUCCGAAGGGGAAGAGGAAGAAGAUUGGGAUGGUGAAUGGGAGCUUCAGCGUUGUUCAUCAGCUUUAUGCGUUGGGUGUUCGGAGAUGUUUGGAGAUUGAUGCUCGUGUGUUGUGUGUUGUGGAGGUUUUGGACAGGGUUAGGGUUGUGGUUCUUGUUGAUGUUUAUCUUCCGGUUCAGGUUUGGUCUGGCUGGCAGUUUCCGAAAUCUGGUUCUGUUGCUGGCGCGGUUUUUCGUCAUGUGAGGUGUGAUUGGGAUGAGAGAAGAUCAAUGCUUUCUGAUUCAGACUACUGUAGGAAGACUCAUGGAGAAAAUGAGAGCAUUUGGAACCUUUCUGUUUGCCAUGUACUUGAUUGCAAGCUCCAUUCCUCUGUGAGAGAUUCUUCAAGGGAAAUGCUAUUUGAACUGCAUGAAAUUUUUAAGACAGUACCUUCACCUUGUAUAGGAAAAAAGCAACAGAAUAUUUCCAAGAUAAUACCUAUGGACAACACUUGCAAAUCUGGGAUUUGGGAGAUCUCUGAUGAUAUUUUAAUUAAAAUUAUAUCUUCCCUGGGUCCACUGGACCUCACUAGGGUUUCUGGAACGUGUCAACAUCUAAGAUCCUUGGCUGCUACAGUAAUGCCUUGUACAAAGUUAAAUCUGUUUCCUCAUCAGCAGGCAGCAGUUGAGUGGAUGUUGCACCGUGAGCGAAAUGCUGAACUUUUGCUACAUCCUUUAUAUGUAGCUCUUUCAACUGACGAUGGCUUUAGUUUUCAUGUAAAUACUGUAUCUGGUGAUAUAGUCAUUGGGGAAGCUCCUACCAUCAAAGAUUUUCGCGGAGGAAUGUUUUGUGACGAGCCUGGCUUGGGUAAGACUGUAACAGCUCUUUCUCUUAUCACAAAGACACAAGGUACGUUGGCGGAUCCACCAGAUGGGCCACAAGUAGUCUGGUGUCAACAUAGCUCUACCCAAAAAUGUGGCUAUUAUGAGAUCAGUGGUAAUAACAUCACUAGUUGUACUAUCUUGGGUAAGAGGGAUGUGUGCCAAAAUAAUGAGAACCAUGGUUACUCCUCAAAAAGAGCCAUGUUGUUAAAUCCUUGUCAGGAAAUCACUAAACCUCAUGAAUCAUGUUCUGUAGGUGAAGACAAAUCACCUGUAGAUGUCUGCUUUGAGGAAUAUACACCUGCUAGUCGAGGCACUAGAAGCUUCAGCCGAGUAACGAAAAAUCUACAUUUCACAUAUGACGAGGAUGCUAUGAUUUUCGAAGAAAGAAGAGUUGGUAAAAGACCAAUUAAAACAAAACAUGCAUCGGAUGUCGCAUCCCAAAUGUCUCAAAACAAGCUUGUUGGUUCUUCUAAUGUUAGUGGGCAGAGUUACAAGUGGCACAGGAAGCGUAAAGCUGAUUGUUUGGAAUAUAGUGAUAAUUGGAUUCAGUGUGACGCAUGUCACAAAUGGCGAAAACUUGUAGACAAUAGUUUGGAUAAUUCUAGUGCAGCAUGGUUUUGUAGUAUGAACACUGACCCUUCAUAUCAGAGUUGUAGAGUCCCAGAGCAGUAUAUUCAGAAUAGCUGUGAGAUAACUUACUUGCGAGGAUUUCAUUUGAAAGGAACUCCUGGAGGUGAGAAACAAAACAUUUCAUUUUUCACCAGUGUGCUUAAGGAGCACUCUUCAUUGGUGAAUUCUCAGACAAAGAAGGCCCUGAUUUGGUUGACCCAAAUUUCGAUGGACAAGCUUGCAGUAAUGGAAACAAAUGGUAUACGGGGUCCUAUUUUAAACAACUGCACUUUGUCUAAUGGGACUUUGAAUCCAUACCACAAAAUAUUUAAAGCAUUUGGCCUCAUAAAGAGAGUAGAGAAAGGUGUAUGCAGGUGGUUCUACCCACAAAAUCUUAGCAACUUGACUUUUGAUGUGGCUGCCCUUGGCAUGGCUCUAUGUGAGCCAUUAGAUUUGGUUAGGUUAUACUUGUCCAGAGCAACCUUGGUAGUUGUUCCUGCAAACUUGAUCGAUCAUUGGAAAGCACAAAUAGAAAAGCAUGUUAGUCCUGGUCAAUUGCAGGUUUAUGUUUGGAAAGAUCAUCAGAAACCAUCUGCACACUCUCUUGCCUGGGAUUAUGAUGUUGUCAUCACUACAUUUAGUCGUUUGAGUGCAGAGUGGGGGCCACGUAAGAGGAGUGCUCUAAUGCAAGUGCAUUGGUUUAGGAUAAUUUUAGAUGAGGGGCAUACUCUUGGCUCAAGUCUGAGCUUAACAAACAAGUUACAAAUGGCUAUUUCACUGGUUGCUUCAAAUCGAUGGAUACUAACUGGAACUCCAACACCUAACACUCCUAACAGCCAACUUACGCAUCUACAACCAUUGCUAAGGUUCCUUCAUGAAGAAGCUUAUGGGCUGAAUCAAAAGUCAUGGGAUGCCGGCGUGCUUAGGCCGUUUGAGGCAGAGAUGGAAGAAGGCCGAUCUCGUCUGUUGAAUUUACUUCAGAAAUGCCUUAUUAGUGCUAGAAAGGUAGAUUUACAAAGUAUUCCACCAUGCAUCAAGAAAGUUGUUUUACUAGAUUUUAACGAGGAACAUGCUAGAAGUUACAAUGAAUUGGUACUCACUGUUCGGCGUAAUAUAUUGAUGGCUGAUUGGAAUGACCCUUCACAUGUGGAGAGUCUACUGAAUCCAAAACAGUGGAAAUUUCGUAGUGAAACUUUAAAAAAUGUCAGGCUUUCAUGCUGUGUUGCUGGCCAUAUUAAAGUUACACACGCUGGAGAAGAUAUUCAGGAAGCAAUGGAUCUGUUAGUACAAAAUGGUUUAGAUUCUACUUCAGGGGAGUAUACCUCCAUAAGAUACAGUCUCCUGUAUGGCGGUCACUGUGUCAGGUGCAAGGAAUGGUGCCGCCUUCCUCUCAUUACUCCAUGUCGACAUCUGUUGUGCCUUGGUUGUGUUUCCUUAGACAAGACAAAAUGUACAUAUCCUGGCUGUGAUAACUUAUAUGAGAUGCAGAGUCCUGAUACAAUGGCACGGCCAGAAAAUCCUGAACCAAAGUGGUCUGUACCGAAAGAUCUUAUUGAGUUACAGCCUUCAUACAAGCAGGAUACAUGGGAUCCCGAUUGGCAAUCUACAUCUAGUAGUAAAGUUGCAUAUCUUGUUCAGAGGUUGAAAGCUUUGCAAGGAACUAAUGAAGAAAUGAGUUCAUAUAUAGACAGUAGCAAUAAUGAGAUGCAUAUUGAGAAUAGUUUUCCUUUGCACACAAGACAUGCCGAAUCAUCAUUCCAGGAAUGUUCUACAAGUAGAACAAGCACCAAGGUGCUCCCUGAAAAAGUCUUGAUAUUUUCUCAGUUUCUUGAGCAUAUAAAUGUCAUUGAACAGCAGUUGACUGUUAAUGGUAUCAAAUAUACUGGAAUGUAUAACCCAAUGCAUUCUACCCACAAGAAAAAGUCAUUAGCCAUGUUCCAGCAUGAUUCAAGUUGUAUGGCACUUCUGAUGGAUGGGAGUGCUGCAUUGGGUCUUGAUUUGAGUUUUGUUACACAUGUAUUUUUAAUGGAGCCAAUUUGGGACAGAAGUAUGGAGGAGCAAGUAAUUAGUCGUGCUCAUCGUAUGGGUGCUUCUCGUCCUAUUCACGUGGAAACAUUAGCAAUGCGUGGUACAAUUGAAGAGCAAAUGCUAGAAUUUUUACAGGAUGCUGAUAAACGUAGAAGAGUUCAUAAUAAAGAUGUUAAAUCUGAAGAUGGCACAGGACGGGGACAUAGAUCGGUGCAUGAUUUUGCUGAAAGCAAUUAUUUACUGGAACUUAAAUUUGUAUAA